CUGGAACUUUAGGACAGGACUUUGUUUGACUGACUGACUGAAGCCUUUCAGCAUCAUGGCUGUGCUCUCUGUCCUCACCCCGGCUCUGGUGGCGGUCCUGUGCCUGGUGGUGGGCUUCAUGCUGCUGAGACCAUGGGAGAGGAAGACCACAGGUGCAUCGGAGGGGAAGGUGUCCAACACAGAGUCAAGGCCAUGGGUGGACCAGGACUUACAAGACAGUUCAGAAAUCUCAGCAAAAGAAACAGAGGGUGACGACUGGGCGGACAGCUGUGAAGAGGAGGAUGUUGCACAUGUCCCCUAUUCGCCUGAGCGUUACUCUGAGGAGACGAUGCUGAAGAAAUCCAAAGAUUUUUACUCCCUGAUGAACCAGCGGCGGUCCGUGCGUUUCAUCAGCCCAGAGCCAGUCCCACGAGAAGUCAUCGAUCAAGUCAUUCACACUGCGGGUACAGGCCCCAGCGGAGCCCACACAGAGCCCUGGACCUUCGUCGUGGUCUCGGAUCCCGAAGUGAAGCACCAGAUCAGGUUGACAGUUGAGGAAGAAGAGGAGAUGAACUACCGCCAGAGGAUGGGAGAUAAGUGGGUCCAGGACUUGAGCAAAUUUAGGACAAACUGGAUGAAGGAAUAUUUGGAUGUUGCUCCAUAUCUCAUCCUCAUCUUCAAACAGACUUAUGGUAUUCUGCCAAAUUCCAAGAAAAAGACACACUACUACAAUGAAAUUAGUGUCUCUAUAUCCUGUGGGAUCCUGCUGGCUGCUUUACAGAACGUUGGACUUGUUACCGUCACAUCAACGCCCCUCAACUGUGGCCCGCGGCUCAGGCUCCUCCUCAAACGGCCGGUCAACGAAAAGCUGCUCAUGCUCCUUCCUGUCGGCUAUCCAGCCUCCGACGCCACGGUUCCAGACCUGAAACGCAAAGCUUUGCAGGACAUUGUGGUGCACAUAUAA